AUGGCAAUCUCCUUCAUCAACAUGAUGAUGCAAGAUGGCAACAAAAUCCUUGCUAGAGGAAUCAUGACACAGACUCUGGAGACUAUAAAGAGAAAACAGGUGGAGAAAUACCACAAAUCUCCUGCAGCCAAGAGAGAAGAGAUGAGUGUGAUCCACACAGCCCUGGAGAACUGCAAACCCAUCAUCAGCCCAACCAGAAAGAAGGAAAUUCUUAUCAGAAACAAACGAUACGGUCAAGCUUUAGGAACAACAUCAAAUCUCUAUCACUAUAUUGAAUCUUACUCUGAAUCAUUGUUCCUGCAGGUGCCCGUCUCUCUCACAGAUAACCGGCGGUGUUUUCUGGCCACGAAGUGGAUGAUCACAGAAUGCAGAGACAACAAACACCGCUGCACACACAUGUACGAGAAACUCUCGCAGGAGCUGCUGGCCGCCUUCGCUAACGAGGGAAACAUAGUGAAACGCAAACACGACCUUCACAAGAUGGCUGAAGCCAACAGGGCACAUGCACACUACUGCUGGUGGUAGAGAGAGGA